ACAGUACACCCCGAGGUAUCAUCACACAUCCGUCGGUAUCGUGCUUGGUUGUCGACGUCAAAUUAUGACAAUAGUAAAUUCUAUGUUUCUAAUAUGCCUACCUGUCAUUUUGUUUAUUUAAAAAUGCGUUACGGUUAUGAUAAAUGACGGAAACUGUGAUGUAGAAAAAUGUCAUCAUCGGUGAUAAUGUGAAAUCUUGAACACCAUUUGGAAUUGCACGGUGGAAGUGAUUGGAUUAUACAGUUUGGUUAUAUCAGUUAUCAAAUCCCGCUGGUCAUCGUUAUCUUUAUAUCAAUAUUAUAACAAUAUGGAUUUUUCGUCAAUGGAUGAAAAUCAGAAUUCGACAAAAAUCAAAAUCAAAGGUGUCGAUAUACACUACGUUAAAAUUGGAAACGGACCGCAGAAAUUGUUGAUAUUUCAAGGAGCACUAGGUCAAAUUAGUGACAAUCUAUUACUAACGCAAAAUUUUGAUCAAAAAAAGUACACGGUUUAUUUAUGGGAUCCUCCAGGUGAUGGGUUGAGUCGACCACCGGUUAGGGACUUUUCACCAGGAUUUUUAAACCGUGACGCGGAUUAUGCUAUAGCGCUUAUGGAGACGUUAGGUGUCGACAAGUAUUCGAUGUUGGGCUGGUGCAACGGUGGGUCUACUGCGAUAAUCGCAGCGUCCAAAGUUGCUGACCGAGUAGACAAACUGGUGGUGUGGAGUUGCAGCGCGUACGUCACUGGCAAUGUACUCGAGGUCUUAGAGAGUUCACGCGACGUCCAUAGGUGGCCUGAGUCCCGGCGAAUACCACGUUUCAAAAUGUAUGGUGAAAAGUACUUAUCGGACAAAUGGUCCGAGUUGUUAGACGCGUUCCAGGCGAUUCUCAACGACGAUGGCGGUGAUGUGUGUAUUGGUGCGCUGGCACAGAUUAAAGCACCCACUCUUAUUCUUCACGGAAUAUGGGACGAAAUAUUACCGAUCGACCAUGCCGAUUUCCUACACAAAAAUAUUAAGGACUCUAUACUUGAAAUAUUUCCAAAUGGCGAACAUGACAUACACAUGUCAUUUCCAGUAAAAUUCAAUUCGUUGGUUGAUACAUUUCUUACUAUCAAAUAGUAUAUAAUAUAUUUAUACUAUGUUGUAAAUCCGUUAUUACUUAUUAGGUUAGGUUAGGUUAGGGUUAGUAGGUAUUACUUAAAAAAAGUGUAUCAUUAAUUGGUUACUUAAUAAUAUUUAAUUUUUUUUAUUAUUUUCUGAAAUAAUAUAAUAGUUUUAUUUUAAUAUGUUAUCCAUAAAAUAAAUGUAGCAUAAAAUAUAAAAUUGGGUCACCAAUUAAUAUUUUUGAAGGGCCACAUAAAGAAUCUGAAAAUUUUUCGCGGGCCAUCAAAAUUCUAAGUAAAUAUUUAAAUUAUUUAAAAACCAAUAAUAUUUAACAAAAAUAAUAAUUUACAAUAAUAACACAUAUAAUGCUGACAUAAGACAUAAUACCUAUGUGUUAUUUAUUCUUUGCCUGCGAGCCGGAUAAAAUGUGUUCGCUGGCCGUUAUUUG